AUGGAUUGGCUGGAUCCUAUUUCUGUGUUGUUCCUACUUGCCCUCGCACUUGCAUUCCUUUGGAAAAGGAGUGAUUUCUGGAAGGGCAGUGGCAAAAAUCUCCCACCAGGACCACGCCCAUUACCGCUCAUUGGAAACCUCCACCUCAUGGAUGUGAAGAGGCCUUACAGAACCAUGUUCAAGUUAUCGAAGCAGUACGGCCCUGUCUUCAGCAUCCAAAUGGGAGUCCAGAAAAUGGUCAUUCUGUCAGGCUACAAGACUGUAAAGGAGGCUUUGGUGAACCAGGCAGAUGCCUUUGCGGACAGGCCCAGGAUCCCAGUGUUUGAAGACUUUGAUGAAGGCCAUGGUAUUGUUGUUUCUAAUGGUGAGAACUGGAAAGUGAUGAGGCGGUUUGCACUAACCACAUUGAGGGACUACGGAAUGGGCAAGAAGACCAUAGAAGACAGAAUUGUCGAGGAGUGCCGUUUCCUAAUACAGACGUUCGAAUCUUUUGAGGGGAAACCAUUCGAGACGACUACAAUCAUGAAUGCGGCUGUUGCCAAUAUUAUAGUGUCCAUUUUACUCGGCAAGCGAUAUGAAUAUGAAGACCCCACGUUUGUAAGAUUACUGAACUUGGUCAAUGAAAACGUCCGGCUUGUGGGAAGUCCCUCCGUCAUGCUGUACAACAUGUUCCCUUCUCUGGGUUUUCUUUCUGGGGGUCGCAAGACUGUCCUUAAGAACAGGGACGAACUGUACGCCUUCAUACAGGCCACCUUCAUAGAACACCUCAAAGAACUGGAUGUGAACGACCAGAGGAGCUUUAUCGAUGCUUUCCUGAUCAAACAGCAAGAGGAAAAGAACAAGAACCAGCGCAAUGGAUUUUUCCAUAAUGAAAACCUAAAAGUUGUGGUGGGGAACUUAUUUGGCGCUGGCACAGAGACCACUUCGACUACCUUGCGUUGGGGCCUAUUGCUGAUGAUGAAGUACCCUGAAAUUCAGAGGAAAGUGCAAGAAGAAAUAACAAAGGUAAUCGGGUCCGCGCAACCACAGAUUGAGCACCGAGCAAAACUGCCCUACACAGAUGCGGUGAUUCAUGAAGUUCAGAGGUUUGCUAAUAUUCUCCCUACCAACGUGCCACAUGCCACCAGUGCAGACGUCACUCUUGGAGACUACUUCAUUCCAAAGGGAACGCAUAUCAUCCCAUUACUGUACUCUGUGUUGUACGAUGAAUCUGAGUGGGAGAAACCGCUUAAAUUCUAUCCCGAGCACUUCCUUGAUUCCGAAGGAAAGUUUGUCAAGAGAGACGCCUUCCUGCCUUUCUCUGCAGGUCGGCGAGUGUGUGCUGGUGAGACCCUGGCCAGAAUGGAGCUCUUCCUCUUCUUUGUGAGUCUCCUGCAGAGAUUCACUUUCCAGCCAGCCCCUGGGAUGUCUAAAGAAGACCUGGACCUGACCCCUGCAGUUGGCUUUACGACGCCUCCAGUACCUUUCAAUUUAUGUGCUUUGCCACGUUCUUAACAUCCAGCCAUGGUUUCCUUCCCUCCGCACACCAUCCUCCUCUUCUGCACCUUUUUGCCUAAUAAGGACACUUCAGAUUCAGCAGAACCGGACUAUGCUUUGUCACAAAGCUUUGUGUUUCAUAUACCUAUCUGUGGAACCCCUACAAACUAGAUCAGAGAUAAAACUUAGUUCCAACUUUGGACAAUUGCUUGCUGUAUAGAGAAAAACAAACAAGACCACGGUGUAAUGUAACCAGC